AUGACCUAUACCCCGGCUACCAUGCCUCGACCCCAGUAUCGCGGACCCCCCAACGGAAGAGUCAUCGUCGCCCUCCAGUCUCUCUACGCAGACACCCCCUCCUGGAUUUGGGAGACUUGGGGUACGGUCCCGGCGUGGGGGUAUGGGGACAGCUCUCUGGCGGGACUGGGAGACAGUACUAAGCUAGUAGGGGUCCAGGGUUUAAUCCUGGCCUACAGUACCAUUAUACUGCUAGGAGUAGUGGGGAACUCUCUGGUCAUAUACGUGGUGUAUCGCUUCAAGACGCUGAGGACCGUGACUAACUUCUUCAUAGCUAACCUCGCCGUCGCUGACCUCCUGGUGAAUACAUUAUGUCUCCCCUUCACGUUGGUCUAUACUCUGCUCGGGGAGUGGAAGUUUGGCCAGGUGCUUUGUUUCCUGCUUCCCUAUGCACAGGGAUUGGCUGUCCACGUAUCCACGGUGACGCUCAACGUCAUAGCCCUCGAUAGACACAGGUGUAUAGUGUACCACCUGGAGACCAGGAUGAGAAAGGAUGUGUGUUUCGGGGUGAUUGCCGCCACAUGGGUGCUGAGUGCGUUGCUGGCCAGUCCACUAGCUAUCUUCAGAGAGUAUGGGACCUUCAAUCUGGCUCCAGGACAGCCUAUACAGGUAUGUACAGAGAAGUGGCCGGGCAGCUCGACAGACGGGACAGUCUAUUCAAUCUCUAUGCUCCUCCUCCAGUACGUUCUCCCUCUAGCCAUCAUCUCCUUCGCCUACGCUCGUAUCUGGUCCAAGCUCCGUUCCCACAUGUCCCCCGCCGGCCGCAACGACCGCCACCGCCGCCGACGCAAAACCACCAAGAUGCUGGUGACCGUGGUCGGGGUGUUCGCGGUCAGCUGGCUGCCGUUCCACGCUUUUCAAUUGGCCACGGAUAUCGACAGCUCCGUCUUGGACAUGAGGGAUUUUAGACUGCUGUACACGCUGUUCCACGUGGUGGCCAUGUGCUCAACGUUCGCUAACCCUCUGCUCUACGGGUGGAUGAACAGCAACUAUCGCACCGCCUUCACGACCGUGUUCCGCUGUGACCAGAGAAUGGAUAGUGUGCAUCCGGAGGGAGGAAGAGGGAAGGGAGGAAGAGGGAAGGCAGGAGAUGGGGGAGGGUUGGUAGGAGAGGGGGGAGAGAUGGCAGGAGGUAGAGAAGAAGGAGAAAUGAAGCUGGAUCUAGAGGCCCAGGACGUUGUGACAAACCAUCUCAAUGCUACAGACCUCUGAGAGAGAAGAAGAGGGAAGGAGAGAGAAUUAGAGACAGAUGGAGAGAGAGGG